GUCCGCUCGCAUGCGUUCGGGAGCGCGCGCCGUCAGGUGUGUAGGUUGGUGAGGCCGUUCAACCACCCAACAAGAUGGUGGCCUUGUCGCUAAAGAUCUGUGUACGUCAGUGCAACGUGGUGAAGACCAUGCAGUUCGAGCCGUCCACCCCUGUGUAUGAUGCCUGCAGGAUCAUCAGAGAGCGAGUUCCAGAGACACAAAGCGGACAAGCGUCAGAUUAUGGCCUGUUCCUAUCCGACGAGGACCCCAGGAAAGGAAUCUGGCUUGAGUCUGGAAGAACCCUGGAUUACUACAUGCUGCGAAAUGGAGACGUUUUGGAAUAUAAGAAGAAACAAAGGCCACAAAAGAUCAAAAUGCUGGAUGGUACCAUUAAAACCAUCAUGGUUGACGACUCAAAAACAGUCGGCGAGCUACUUGUCACUAUAUGCAGUAGAAUAGGAAUUACCAACUACGAGGAGUACUCCCUCAUCCAAGAAGUGACGGAUGACAAGAAGGAGGAUAGUACUGGGACGUUAAAGAAAGACAGAACCCUACUGCUACGAGACGAGAGGAAAAUGGAAAAGCUCAAAGCCAAGCUUCAUACAGAUGAUGACUUGAACUGGUUGGAUCACAGCAGGACCUUCAGGGAGCAGGGAGUGGAGGAAAGUGAGACCCUGCUGCUCAGGCGCAAGUUCUUCUAUUCAGACCAGAAUGUGGACUCGCGGGACCCCGUUCAACUAAACCUGCUUUAUGUUCAGGCUAGGGAUGAUAUAUUGAAUGGCUCCCACCCUGUCUCCUUUGAUAAAGCCUGUGAGUUUGCAGGGAUCCAGGCUCAGAUCCAGUUUGGACCCCACGUGGAGCACAAACACAAGCCUGGAUUCCUGGACCUGAAGGAGUUCCUGCCUAAAGAGUACAUCAAGCAGAGAGGGUCUGAGAAGAAAAUAUUCCAAGACCAUAAAAAUUGUGGAGAAAUGACAGAGAUCGAGGCAAAAGUGAAGUACGUGAAGCUGGCCAGGUCUCUUCCUACGUAUGGAGUGUCCUUCUUCCUGGUGAAGGAAAAGAUGAAGGGUAAAAAUAAGCUGGUCCCAAGAUUGCUGGGAAUAACCAAAGAGUCUGUGAUGCGAGUUGAUGAGAAGACGAAGGAUGUGGUGCAGGAAUGGCCUCUAACAACUGUCAAGAGAUGGGCAGCCUCCCCCAAGAGCUUCACCUUGGAUUUUGGCGAGUAUCAGGAAAGUUACUACUCCGUCCAGACUACGGAGGGAGAACAGAUAUCCCAGUUGAUAGCUGGGUAUAUUGACAUUAUUCUUAAAAAGAAGCAGAGUAAGGAUCGCUUUGGCCUUGAGGGGGAUGAAGAAUCCACCAUGCUGGAAGAAUCUGUUUCUCCUAAGAAAUCCACUAUCUUGCAGCAGCAGUUCAACAGGGUAGGCCGUGUGGAGCAUGGGUCAGUGGCCCUUCCCGGUAUCAUGCGGUCCGGCUCGGUUGGUGGUCCUGACACUUUCAAUAUGGGCACCAUGCCCUCUGCUCAGCAGCAAAUCACCACCGGGCAGAUGCACAGAGGACACAUGCCUCCCCUGAGUCUGGCCCAGCAGGCUUUAAUGGGAACCAUCAACAGCAGCAUGAAGGCUGUGCAGCAGGCCCAGUCUGACCUAGGACACGUAGACAAUCUGCCACCACUGGGCCACGACUUGGCUUCCAGGGUUUGGGUUCAGAACAAAGUGGAUGAGUCCAAACAUGAAAUCCACUCUCAGGUUGAUGCCAUCACUGCUGGAACGGCUUCAGUGGUCAAUCUAACAGCAGGUGAACCAACGGAGACCGACUACACAGCGGUGGGCUGCGCCAUCACCACAAUCUCCUCCAACCUCACGGAAAUGUCUAAGGGAGUCAAGCUCCUGGCUGCAUUAAUGGACGACGAGGUGGGAAGCGGGCACAAGCUGAUGGGCGCUGCCAGGAUGCUGGCAGGAGCUGUGUCAGAUCUGCUCAGAUCUGUUGAGCCUGCAGCCGCUGAGCCCAGACAGACGGUGCUGACUGCAGCAGGAAGCAUCGGACAAGCCAGUGGGGACCUGCUCCGUCACAUGGGGGAGGGCGAGACUGAUGAGAAGUUCCAGGACACCCUGAUGAAUCUGGCCAAAGCGGUGGCCAAUGCAGCUGCUAUGUUGGUCCUGAAGGCCAAGAAUGUGGCCCAGGUGUCCGAGGACACCGUGUUGCAGAACCGAGUGAUCGCAGCUGCCACUCAGUGCGCCCUCUCCACAUCCCAACUGGUCGCCUGCACCAAGGUGGUGAGUCCAACCAUCAGCUCCCCAGUGUGUCAGGAGCAGCUUGUCGAGGCUGGGAAACUGGUGGACCGAUCUGUUGAGACCUGUGUGAAAGCCUGCCGCUCGGCAAGCGAUGACGGCGAGCUCCUGAAACAAGUCGCCACAGCAGCUGGUGUGGUGAGCCAGACCCUCAGCGACCUACUGCAACAUGUCCGCCACUACGCCAGCUGCGGAGAGCCCAUCGGACGCUACGACCAAGCCACGGACACGAUCAUGAACGUGACUGAAAAUAUUUUCUCCUCCAUGGGGGAUGCUGGCGAGAUGGUGCGUCAGGCCCGGGUGUUGGCCCAAGCCACUUCAGAUUUAGUCAACGCCAUGAGAUCGGACGCAGAGGCAGAAGUUGAUGUUGACAACUCUAAAAAACUUCUUGCUGCAGCCAAACUCCUGGCUGAUGCCACGGCUCGGAUGGUGGAGGCUGCGAAGGGGGCAGCUGCCUAUCCGGAGAAUGAGGACCAGCAGCAGAGGCUCAGGGAGGCAGCUGAGGGGCUACGUGUUGCCACUAAUGCUGCGGCUCAAAACGCCAUAAAGAAAAAACUAGUCAUCCGGCUGGAGAUAGCUGCAAAGCAAGCAGCGGCUGCCGCGACUCAGACCAUCGCAGCUGCCCAAAAUGCUGCUGCUUCCAACAAAAACACCGCUUCACACCAACAGUUAGUGCACAGCUGCAAGGCAGUCGCAGACAAUAUUCCCCAGUUGGUGCAAGGGAUGAGGAGCAGCCUGGCCCAGCCUGAGGAGCUUGGCCCCCAACUUGCUCUCAUCAUGGCCAGCCAGAGCUUUCUGCAGCCUGGAAGUAAAAUGGUGACGUCGGCAAAGUCAGCGGUUCCAACAGUGGCUGAUCAGGCUGCUGCUAUGCAACUGGGCCAGUGUGCCAAGAACUUAGCAACCUGUCUGGCAGAGCUCAGGACUGCUACACAGAAGGCGCACGAAGCCUGCGGUCCUCUGGAGAUUGACUCAGCCCUCAAAACUGUACAGACACUGAAGAGUGAGCUCCAGGAUGCAAAGAUGGACAAAGCACCAGGGCAGAGAGAGUGUGAUUACUCUAUUGAUAACAUCAACAAGUGUAUCCGGAACAUUGAGCAAGCUUCUCUGGCUUCAGUUGGACAGACACUUCCCUGCAGAGAUGAUAUCUCCAUGGAAGCAAUCCAGGAGCAGCUGACAUCCUCUGUGCAGGAGAUUGGUCAUUUGAUUGAUCCUGUCUCCACAGCAGCCCGAGGCGAAGCUGCCCAACUGGGACAUAAGGUGACCCAGCUGGCCAGUUACUUUGACCCGCUUGUUGUGGCAUCAGUGGGUCUGGCCUCAAAGCUGAACGACCACCAGCAGCAGAUGACCAUCUUGGAUCAGACCAAGACCCUGUCUGAAUCUGCCCUUCAAAUGCUCUAUGCUGCCAAAGAAGGCGGGGGCAACCCAAAGGCAUGCCACACUCACGACGCCAUUUCUGAGGCCGCCCAGCUGAUGAAGGAGGCUGUGGACGACAUCAUGGUGACUUUGAACGAGGCAGCGAGUGAGGGGGGUAUGGUUGGUGGCAUGAUGGAGUCCAUUGCUGAGUCCAUAGGCAGGCUGGAUGAGGGAACACCUCCUGAACCAGAGGGCUCUUUUGUGGAUUACCAGACCACAAUGGUGAAAUUCUCCAAGGCUAUUGCCAUCACUGCGCAGGAAAUGAUGACUAAAUCAGUGACAUGCCCAGAAGAGCUUGGAGGUCUUGCCUCUCAGGUGACGGUGGACUACGGGCAGCUUGCACACCAAGGACAUCUUGCUGCAGCCACUGCAGAGCCAGAGGAAGUUGCUUUCCAGAUAAAAACGCGGGUGCAGGAGUUGGGCCAUGGCUGUAUUUAUCUGGUCCAGAAGGCUGGAGCUCUGCAGCUCAGCCCCACUGACAGCUUCUCCAAAAGGGAGCUCAUCGAGUGUGCACGAGCAGUCACAGAGAAGGUGUCUUUGGUUUUGUCAGCACUGCAAGCAGGAAACAAAGGCACCCAGGCUUGCAUCACAGCAGCCAGCGCAGUUUCUGGAAUUAUAGCUGACCUGGACACCACCAUCAUGUUCGCCUCAGCUGGAACACUGAACUCUGAGAACGAAGAGUCUUUUGCUGAUCACAGGGAAAGCAUCCUGAAGACGGCCAAGGCGCUGGUGGAGGACACCAAGCUGCUGGUUGCGGGAGCUGCAUCCAGCCAGGAGAAACUCGCCCAGGCUGCCCACUCCUCUGCCAAAACCAUCACCCAGCUUACAGAGGUGGUCAAACUGGGAGCAACAAGCAUGGGCUCUGAUGACCCCGAAACUCAGGUGGUUCUAAUAAAUGCCGUCCGGGAUGUGGCCAAAGCUUUGGCUGAACUCAUUGGUGCCACCAAAUGUGCUGCAGGCAAAGCUGCCGAUGACCCGUCCAUGUAUCAGCUGAAGAGCGCUGCCAAGGUCAUGGUGACCAACGUGACGUCUCUUCUAAAGACAGUGAAGGCAGUGGAGGAUGAAGCCACUCGUGGGACGAGGGCGCUGGAGGCCACCAUAGAGUUCAUCAAGCAGGAGCUGACAGUGUUCCAGUCCAAGGACGUCCCAGACAAGUCCACUUCACCCGAGGAGUUCAUCCGCAAGACAAAAAGCAUCACCAUAGCAACAGCCAAGGCGGUGGCAGCAGGCAACUCCGCUCAGCAGGAGGACGUGAUCGCCACAGCCAACCUGAGCCGCAAAGCCAUCUCUGAUAUGCUGACUACCUGCAAGCAAGCAGCACAUCAUCCUGAAGUGAGCGAGGAAUUAAAAAGCAAGGCCUUGCAGUACAGCUCUGAAUGUGCCACCAAAUACAUCAGCCUGCUGGAGGAAGUGCUGCAGGUGCUUCAGAGAUCUGCGCCGGAGCAGAAGCAGCAGCUGGCUGUGCACUCCAAGCAUGUGGCGGCGUGUGUGACGGAGCUCGUCCAAACAGCUGAGGCCAUGAAAGAUGGAGGAUCAGAGUGCGUGGACCCCGAGGACCCCAACUUUGUCGCAGAGACCGAGCUCCUCGGAGCAGCAGCCUCCAUUGAAGCUGCAGCCAAGAAACUGGAGCAGCUCAAACCCAGGGCCAAGCCCAAGCAGGCAGACGAGACGCUCGAUUUUGAGGAGCAGAUCCUAGAAGCAGCAAAGUCCAUCGCUGCAGCAACCAGCGCGUUAGUAAAAUCUGCCUCUGCCGCUCAGAGAGAACUAGUAGCACAAGGGAAGGUGGGAUCCAAUGUAGCCAAUGCAGUGGAUGAUGGCCAGUGGUCUCAGGGUCUCAUAUCAGCUGCGCGUAUGGUAGCAGCGGCCACCAGUAACCUGUGUGAAGCAGCUAACGCGUCGGUGCAAGGCCACGCCAGCGAGGAGAAGCUCAUCUCUUCAGCCAAGCAGGUCGCAGCCUCCACGGCUCAGCUGCUGGUAGCUUGCAAAGUAAAGGCAGACCACAAUUCUGAAGCCAUGAGGAGACUGCAGGCUGCUGGCAACGCUGUGAAGCGAGCAUCAGACAAUCUGGUCAAAGCAGCUCAGAAAGCAGCUUUUGACAAGACGGAGGAUGACAGCGUUUUGGUGAAGACCAGAUUCGUUGGAGGCAUUGCUCAGAUCAUCGCAGCUCAGGAAGAGAUGCUGAGGAAGGAGCGCGAGCUGGAGGACGCUCGGAAGAAGCUGGCUCAGAUCCGACAGCAGCAAUACAAGUUCCUGCCCAGCGAACUGAGGGAGGACGAGGGCUGACCGAGCCCGAGUGCCUCAGCAAAGACCCUCUUAUGCUUUACGCGGACAUGACUAUUGAAAACACAGCACUUGAAACAGGCCUGUUUGGUGAGAAAAAACAAGUGCCUGUGCUCCGUGGUGUAUUUGUGUGAGUGUGUGUGAUGUGUGUGUUUGUCAGUGAAUGUCAUUGACAUUCAGACUUUAAUAUGAAGGUUGUUAUUGUUUGCAGUCUGACACAGUUGGAUCAAGUUAUUUGGUUAAAUUUAUCUUUACUUUAUAAGUAUUAGUGCAUCAUGAGCAGUACUGACUGUUACAGGCAUGAAUCAAAGAUAUUACUCAUGGAAACAUUCCUCUAUAAUUACAAAAUGUUCUGUAAUGGUUAUAGGGUUGGAGCAAAGAAGAUUGAGAUGAUAAAUCUACAAUUUAGGGUUGAUAAUGUGAAAUCCUUGAAAGCAUAAGUAAGAAGCAGUAAUCGUUUCACCUCUGGAUUGCAUGCACCAUAACAAAUGUCAACCAUACUAACCAGCAGAAUAUCACAAAUGGUAACCUGGUGUAUGCUGCUUAACCAACUAAUAUUUUCAAAUCGAGGAGUUUUAUUUGAAAAACGAAAAGGUUGAUGCCAAACACGAAACGGGAAGUUCAGUUCAGCAUGUGUAUUAUCAGUUAAAAAGCAGAGCGUAUGUUUUAUUGUCCAGAGGAUCUGGAUGAAUUGUGACCAAAAACCUCUUGCUGCUCGUAUAUUAUUUCACACAAUAAUCUCCCACCAGUUUCAGAAUGCACAAAGCUGGUCAUAUGCAUUAUCGUUGCAUUAAUGAACACUUUUUCUAUUUUCUUGUCUUUAUGUUUUAAUCCCUGCUCCACUAACAUCAGCCACAUUAUGCUCUUAUGUACAGGAGCACGCUCACAUUUGGUUGUUUUCCACCACUCACUGCCUUCGUAAAGUCGUUUCACAUUCGACUGUGACAUUACACUGAAUAUUCUAACGACGUCAUAAUGCAACUGCGCCCCGUUAUUGGUUAGAAAAUGAGUUGUGUGUACUGUAAUGAUCUUG